UAAAAAAUAAUUUUCACAGUUUGAUGUGAAUUCAGUUAUUAAUCAUAAAUGGAAAUCAUUCAUCCUUUGGUUAGAACUUCAGCCUGCUAUGAGUUAAAAAAAAUGUGGUUUAAAAAAAAAAAAGUAUUUUUUGGAAAGUUCAUAUUUGAUUUCUGUUCAUUUUGUGACAUUUUGAAUACUGAAUUUUCUAUGCAUUGGAGCAGUUUAACUCAGGCAAGGGCAGAAGAAUCAGUAAUCAACAGAAUACCAGGGCAACAUCUAAUGAGAAGUCAUCUUCUAAAUGCAAAUAUAUAUGAAAUGGUCGAAGGAUGGAUGGAUAAUUAAAAGCCAGUCGAGGUCUGUGCUGCUCGGCAAGAGCUAUAAUGUACGUGACACUCACCGACUCCCACGCUUAUUGAUGCUGGAUCACACCUUUCUUCCAGUCGAUAUUUCCAGGCUUUUGUAAUCAGAUGGAGACGCAAUUUGGGGUGAGUGAGUAGUUUAAGACGUCACACACACACACACACACACAAAACUGUGUUCAAUCUCAACCGUUCGAUAUAAAAGGCGCGAGAAAGGGAGCAGAGGCACGGUGGUUAAGACCCAAGCGCAACAAGAGACUUCAGCACCAUGGACAGCACCCACAUCUGCCUUCUCACCUUGGUCAGCGCAGCCCUGAUGCUCCACUCCAAUUGUCAGGACGUCGAACUGGACACGCGGUCUGUAGACUACUACAUGAAAGACGACUCGUCUAAUGAAAAGCAACUGAUUGAUGCGCUCCAGGAGGUUCUUGAAAAGCUGAAAAACAAGCGAAUUCCUUAUUACGAGAAAAAGAUCGGCCAACUACCGAUGUGUGAUGCGGGGGACCAGUGUGCCGUGAGAAAAGGCGCCCGGAUUGGGAAGCUCUGCGACUGUCCCAGAGGAACCUCCUGCAAUUCCUUCCUCCUCAAGUGUCUGUGAAAAGUCAAACAGCAAACAGCCUUCAACAAAUCUACACCUCGUAAUCUGUCAUAACCUUCAAAAACGUUCAAGAUAAAAACGACGCUGACUGCAGACAAAGGAAUAAGUCAAAGGACCCAGAAUGUACUUCGUUGUGACCGUCAAAUCUGCGUGUCUGUCAUGUGUUGAAUGAAGGAAACAAAAUCAGUUAAAUACGUUUAUUUCUAAGGCAUAUUUUUGUAUAUAUCCAGUAAUGAAGUCAAUAAAUAAGUUUACUAACAAGAAGUUUCAGUCCUCAAUUAAAAGCCAUAGUAAACGGACAUAAUUUACAGACAACUUUAUCUCCCUCCAUCUCUUGCACCUCAAGAAAACGUUUGAUUUACAAGAAGAUCUCAUAUAUAACAAUGUUUUCAGCAUGUUCACUUAUCUGCCACUUCUUCUUCUUCAUCGCUUGGACUUGCUAAUUAAAGUACUGUAAUUCUCCAUUGUAUGGUUGUAAAAUAAUAAAGCUACAUAGUAAGAGGCA